AUGGAAGAACAGGUGUUCAAGGGGGACCCGGAUACCCCUCACUCCAUCUCCUUCUCGGGCAGUGGAUUCCUCUCCUUCUACCAGGCCGGGGCUGUGGAUGCCCUGCGGGACCUGGCACCCCGGAUGCUGGAAACAGCCCACCGCUUCGCGGGGACAUCGGCGGGUGCUGUGAUCGCCGCCCUGGUCAUCUGCGGGAUUGAAAUGGAUGAGUACCUCAGAGUCCUCAAUGUGGGUGUGGCCGAGGUGAAGAAAUCCUUCCUGGGGCCCUUGUCCCCAUCCUGCAAGAUGGUGCAGAUGAUGAGGCAGUUUCUGUACCAGGUCCUGCCCGAGGACUCCUACAAGGUCACCACGGGAAAGCUCCAUGUGAGCCUCACCCGCUUCACGGAUGGGGAGAGUGUGGUGGUUUCAGAGUUCACGUCCAAGGAGGAGCUCAUUGAGGCCCUAUACUGCAGCUGCUUCGUCCCUGUGUACUGCGGCCUCAUCCCCCCGACUUACCGUGGUGUGAGGUACAUUGAUGGGGGCUUCACAGGCAUGCAGCCCUGCGCCUUCUGGACCGACGCCAUCACCAUCUCCACCUUCAGUGGGCAGCAGGACAUCUGUCCCCGGGACUGCCCCGCCAUCUUCCACGACUUCCGCAUGUUCAACUGCUCCUUCCAGUUCUCCCUGGAGAACAUUGCCAGGAUGACCCACGCAUUGUUCCCCCCGGACCUGGUGAUCCUGCACGAUUACUACUACCGAGGGUACGAGGAUGCAGUUUUGUACUUGAGGCGACUGAAUGCUGUUUAUCUUAAUUCUCCCUCCAAGAGAGUGAUUUUCCCCCGGGUGGAAGUGUACUGCCAGAUAGAACUCGCCCUUGGCAAUGAGUGCCCUGAACGCAGUCAACCAAGCCUUCAAGCACAGCAGGCCAGUCUGGAAGGAGCCCCACGACCUCACACGGAGUGGGUUCCCAAAGGGGAUGGAAGGGGCGGCCAUAGUCCGCCUGUGUCCCCACCUGUGCAGACACUUGAAUCCACACGCGAGAAACCUGUUUCAGCACCAGUCUCUCCACUUGAGCAGCCACCUGCACAGCCACUGGCCUCUUCAAUGCCACUUUCUCCAACUAGCAUGCCACCUGUAUCAUUCUCAGCUGUGCACAAGCCACCCAGUUCCACACCUGGCUCAUCACUGCCCACCACACCACCUGGACUGUCACCUGUGUCACCUCAGCAGCAGGUACAACCAUCUGGAUCACCACUCAGAUCCCUACACUCUCAGGCACCCACUUCACCCAGGCCAUCCCUGGGGCCUUCAACUGUGGGGACACCUCAAACUCCGCCCCGAGGUUUUUUUUCAGCCUUCCCUGCUCAGCCACCUGUGGAGGAACUAGGCCCAGAACAGCCCCAAGCUGUAGCUCCUCUUGUCUCUUCAAAUCCAAAAAGCGCCAUGCCUCUGGUUCAUGUGAAGGAAACCGUCAGCAAGCCUUGUAUCAUGGAGAGCCCUGCUGAAGACUCAAACUGGGUGAAUAAGGUCUUCAAGAAGAACAAACAAAAGACAAGUGGCACCAGAAAAGGUUUCCCAAGACAUCCGCGAUCCAAAAAACCAAGCAGCAAAGUGCAGUCUGCUCCCUGCCCACUCCACUUCCCUCUGCUCUCCACUUCUGAGACAGUUUGGCUCACCUACAGACCUCAUCCCAGCCGGAUCCAGGAAUGCAGCUGCCCUGAGGUGUGGAAUUCCUUAGGAUGA